UCCUCCAUAUAAGCCAAGGAGAUUUUUUUAAAAUCUGGCUUUACCAUUUUAUACAAGACAGACAUUCAUUCUUACUGGUCGUAUCUAUUAAAAGAUAAUACAGUACAAAGCCAAGAAACCAGUUACAGGGAGCUGGUCUUUGACAAUCUUUACAAAGAUACGUAUCAAGCUCGACAGACUAAGCGCAUAAAUAAUGAAAAGAACUCAAGCAGCCGCCAGUUGUCAAGAAUAAGAAUGGAGUUUACAGAAGUAGAUAACAUAAUGGUGUCAGGAUUGAAUACAUCGAUUGGAUCUUAUAUUGGUUCGUUAGCACGUAGAUCCUUGACUCAUGACAGGCAGUCAUAUUACUUUAAAGCAUGUGGUAUGAGCGGAAUACUUGAUAUGUCUGACAAAUCCGCAGGAUCUCAAAUUCACGGCAUACAAGACCAUGUCCAAGAAAUUCGCCAAGCCUUGCAUACGUAUGAUAUAAAACUUAGUGAAUAUCCGGAGCUUACCAAGUACGACGAAAUUACAAAGGCACAAACAAUCCGUAAGCAAGUCAAGUACUUCAAAAAGUGCCUAAGUAAAAUCCAAAACUUGAAGACCAAGGACAAACCCAUAAUUAUUGAGGACUCAUAUGAACAUGUUUUGAAGGUUCACCUUUUUCAUUCGUACCUGUUUAAUACACAAAAAGCAAAUACCAUUUCGGAGCAAGAUUACGUGAUUAAAAUUUGGUCGCCAUUAAUCGAAAUCAUGUUCCGUUCCUUGAACGAAUUUCCCCCGAUCAUCUGCCAUUGGGGAGACACAAGCUCUGAGGUCGUGAAGGAAGAUGGCAAAAUUAUACAUAUGGAUCUAAGGCUGAUUGCUUGUGAAGCUGAUGAAGAAACGGAUGCCGCAGUAGUUGAAUUUGCUCCCAUGGUUUAUAAGUCAAAACAUUACAAGGAUAAGCUCAGGACCGUUCUAGCAAGCAAAGUCCAGUUAAAUGAAUUGCUUAAAAAUUACGCGGGUUUGGAUGAAGACAAGGCUAAAAUCAUUGCAAUUCCCUUCAUGCUUAUUGUGGGCUUAGUUUGUGACAUUUACACCAUCAUACUGGUGGCAAGUGGGCUAUAUAUUGUUGACGUAGCUUACAGCAUGACGUUCCCAUGCUUGGCGCAGGAAAUCAAAGACGAUGGAUUGACAUAUCUAGUAAAUGGUCUCAAACUAUUGAAGAACUUAUGUUUGAAGAUCAUAAAAUUCAAGACGGUCUAGAACAAGAGGAGCAGGUGAACGAAUAAAACAAAAGCAAAAAGGAUCUGCGUAGACGUAGUACUGGCAUUCUUAUACUACUAUGAUGUGAAGACUAUUGGGACAAAUUUCACCACUGCAGCGUCCGUUUUUUCAUCAGUUUCAGAAGCAAUCAGUCUUAGAUCCAU